AGUCACAGUCACUCCAGACGGCAUCUUAUGGAUCCACAACAUCAGCAGGGCAGACGAAGGGAAAUACACCUGCUUUGCUGAGAACUACCUCGGCAAAGCCAACAGCACCGGACACCUGUCUGUCAGAGAUGCCACUAAGAUCACGCUGGCCCCCUCCAACGCUGACAUCAACCAAGGGGACAACGUGACGCUGCAGUGCCACGCCUCCCACGACCCCACCAUGGACCUGACCUUCACCUGGGCCCUCAACGGGGGCUUGCUGGACCUGGAGGACUCGGCCGGGCCCUACAGCAGGGUGGAGGGGAAAGAGAACAUAGGAGACCUGCUGAUAGUGAACACUCAGCUGAGUCAGGCAGGGAUGUACGCGUGCACGUCUCAGACGGUGGUGGACAGCGCUUCAGCUGCAGCCAAAUUGGUGGUGCGAGCCCCCCCGGGACCCCCUGGUGGUUUGUUGGUGAAGAACGUGGCUGAGGCUUCAGUGGAGCUCAGGUGGAGUCGUGGCUACGAUAACCACAGUCCCAUCGGAAAAUACAUCAUCAUGGGCCGGUCCUCACUGUCAUCAGAGUGGAAGAAGAUGAGGACAGACCCGGUGAACAUUGAGGGGAACGCAGAGUCGGCUCGUGUGAUUGGUCUGAUGGCCUGGAUGGAUUAUGAGUUCAAGGUCAUCGCCAGCAACAUCCUGGGCAGCGGAGAGGCCAGCGUGCCCUCACACACCAUCCGCACCCAGCAAACAGCUCCCACAGUGGCCCCUAGUGGUCUUGGAGGAGGAGGAGGAGACCGCAGUGAACUUAUUGUGACCUGGACGCCCAUGGCCAGAGAGUACCAGAACGGGGACGGCUUUGGCUACAUCCUGGAAUUCAGGAGGAAAGAGAAGGCGGCCUGGACAGCGGUGCGUGUUCCUCACGUGGAGUCCUCCGGAUACGUUUACUACAACGACAGCCUGACGCCGUACACCCCCUUCGAGGUGAAGGUCAAGGCGUAUAACCGCAGAGGAGAGGGUCCCUUCAGCCAGAUCGCGGUGGUCAACUCUGCAGAGGAGGGUGAGCCCAUCCUGAUACCCCUCCUACACUCUCCUUUACAACACAAUGUCUUCUUAUUAUCUAAUGAUAACAUUUACGCGGGGACAUGGGGACAUAAGAUGGCCCCCCGCGACGCGGCCAAAAUGCCGUUCGCAUACCGGCGCAACUGCGGCGGGGUAAUCACGGCGCAAUGUCCGACGCAGGGCCGCAAGGUCGUCGGUCCAGGUGCCCGCGUGGUGCGAAUCAUUGGGGGUUCGUCCUACAGGUGGGCUCACCCACGGCUCGCCAGACUACCCUCCGGAGGGUCCUUGCGGCCUAGAGUUUCCGUCGAGUCUCGGGUCCGUCAACUACAACCGACGCUGGCUCCUAAUCGUCGUCCAGGCAACGUGUCAUGGAAGACUGACAGCUCGUCGGUAACGCUGAGGUGGGAUCAUGUGAAGGCCAUGCACAAUGAGUCAGCUGUGCUGGGCUACAAAGUUCUGUACAAACAUGAGGGCCAGACCUCUCUGAAGGUUCUGGACCAGAGCAAGACCUCCGUGAACCUGCCGCUGUCCGAAGACGACGGCGGCUACUUGGUGCUGGAGAUCCGGUCCUGGGGGGAGGGGGGGGACGGCCCUGCACACGAGAUCAUCGUGUCCCGGGACUCAGGUUUGCUGCUGCAGAAGAACACUGACUGGAUCGAAAUGAGACUCCUCACAGCUCUGGGCGUCCUGCUCAUCCUGCACACCGCCACCUCCAGCAGGCUGGUGUGUCACAUGACCAACUGGGCCCAGUACAGGCCCAGCAGCGGCAAAUUCACCUCGGACAACAUCGACCCCUUCCUGUGCACGCACGUGAUCUACGCCCUGUCCACCAUCAACAGCUUCAACCAGAUCACCCCCAUCGAGUGGAACGACGAGCAGCAGUUCACCGGCCUCAACCGGCUCAAGAAUGUUAAUCCUGUGCUGAAGACCCUGCUGUCAGUGGGAGGCACCGUCAAUGGAAUCAGCCCAUUCAUCGCCAUGGUUGCCAAGAUUGAGAGCCGUGCAACUUUCAUCAAGUCUGUCAUCAGUUACCUGCGCACCAACAACUUUGACGGGCUGAACCUGGCCUGGGAGUACCCGGGACACCACGGCAGUCAGGAGCAGGAUAAGGAGAGGUUCACCCUGCUGGUGACGGAGCUGGCCAAGGCCUUUGAGGACGAUGCUAGAGAAAACAGGAAGACCCCGCUGCUGCUGACGGCCAACGUGGCUGCCUUCAGGCCCACCAUCGACCGAGCCUACGAGGUCCAGAAGAUUGCACCUCACCUUGAUUUCAUCAAUGUCAUGACCUAUGACUACCACGGGCACUGGGAGGCAGCGACCGGACACAACAGCCCCCUGUACGGCAGCUCCAUGGACUCCGGCACACACAUACAUCACAACAUCAACGCUUCCAUAUCUCAUUGGCUGGUGAAUGGGGCCCCAGCUGAGAAGCUGCUGUUGGGUUUCCCCACCUACGGACGCACCUACCGUCUGAGCACCGGGGCCACCGGCCUGGGGGCCCCGUCCAACGGCCCCGCAGACGCCGGACCCUACACUCGCACCGCCGGAUUCUGGUCUUCCUACGAGGUCUGUGCCUUCACCUCCGGUGCUAAUGUUGAGUGGAUCUCUGAGCAGCAGGUCCCCUAUGCCACCUAUGGCAGUGCCUGGCUGGGCUACGACGACAAGCGCAGCUUCUCUUCCAAGGUCCAGUACAUGACUGCCAAAAACCUGGGGGGGGCUCAUGUGUGGACUCUGGACAUGGAUGACUUCAGUGGAUCCUUCUGCUCAGACGGAGCCUACCCUCUCAUCAACCACCUCAGGGUGUCAAUGGGUUUCCCCUCAAAGCCCACCACCACCCCGGCCCCAGCCACCACCAGAGACCCUAUUGCAGAAUUCUGCCGUGGACGUCCUGAUGGCCUGUAUGAGAACCCCACUAAUGAGAAGACUUACUUCCAGUGCUUCCUGGGGAACACGUACCUGCACCACUGCCAGGCCGGCCUCAUCUACUGGGACUCCUGCAAGUGCUGCAGCUAUCCCUGAGCACCCCCCCACACACACACACACACACACACACACACACACCGAGCCUCUGGGGGUUCACAACAGUGAUUUCUGUUUCAGACACGCAGUGUCACCUUUACUGAAUAACCUUACAGUGCUGUUUUCUCUUUGUGGCCCACUGCUUUUUCAAUAAAUAAAUCAAUCAUCAUUAUGACCUGAUACAUGGCUGAUUGACUUUUAUUCUUGCGUUUUACAAGAUAAUCUGACAUUUUUCUAUAUUAUAUAAAUAUUUCAUUUCAAAUUUCAAGAAUAAAUAAUUGUUAUACUCUGCUUCCUGACACUUAUAUCAGUCAAGCUAUUUUCAAGUAAAGGUUCAAAUUCCAUUACUUGUGUGCACUACAAAACACACGCUGUUUUCUGUCUCUCUGUGAACCUAUUAAUAAUGAGCUGGCUAUAA